CUAUUUAUUACCCAGGUGUUGGAGGGGUUCCUCUCGAUUGCAGAUGUAGUGAAGUUGGCACAAGUGUCUCAAGCAUUGCGGGAAGUGCAGAAACCUUACGGCCUAGUGCUGACCUUCGCAUGUGCUUGGAAUGAGUUUGGUUCAGAUAGAACCUGCAUCAGAGAUUGGCUCCCAGUUUAUGGGUCCUUUCUGUCUUACGCUAAGCGUUGUGGCUUAGAUGAAGGCUUUUUGGAUCAACGGAUCUCCUACAAGCACACGCUCUUCGAUGACAUGGCGGACAAGUUCUUGCAGCCACUUCCAUGGGCAUUCAAGCCCAUGUCUCUUGAGCCAUUCAUCAACUUCUUGUGGCUACAGCUCGUGGCCGAGCCCGCGCACUUUAGCAUUUCCUCUGGCACCUUCGUAGAAGUGAUUGGGAGCCCGGGCAAGUCCACGGAGAUCGGGCAGCCUGCAGCAAUAAUUGCUUUGGAUGCCACAUACUGUGAAAGUGGACCAAACGAUGAGCAUUUUAACUUGGCGGCCUUGGUGAUGCUGGACGACCGCAACGUGGCCUUGAUAAUGGCAUGGGCGCAUGAAAUCCAGGAGAAUGAGUGUUUUUUUGGCUUCGUGCUUGUUAGCCGUGAGCUAACCGACUUGCUAGAUUACGCGACAUCCAUGUUCCAAUCGCCUGCUUGGAGCUAUAAAGAAGACAGGCUCCAGUGGUUCGGCUUCGGCAUAUCAAUUCCAUAUUCCUUCGAGGAGGAGUCUCCGCUCUUGGGGACACAUGAAGGACUGGAAUCUGGCCUUAGAUCAGGUAUCUUCUUAGACUUGUCAGACUUCGUGGAGCACAUGCGAGCCUUGCACCCAGGGUAUGUGCCAAAUCACAGAGGCUUGAAUCCAAUGUCUUGGCAUGCACAACGUGCUGCAUCGGAACCUUCCAGCUAG